UCGCACCUACAUUGCAGGAUGCAAGGUCUAACAACAGUUCAGAUCUUAAUCUUCGUGGACGCCGAGAGAGGACCGGACGACCUGGUGGUGACAUUUCAUCGCAACCAAUUCCGGGACCGCCUUCCAUGGAAUGAGUUCAAGUCGCUUGGCCCACCAGCUGCAACUGCAGUUGUCAAAGCUGGGUGGAAAUUUGCGGCCUUAGAACAGAUAGCGGAGUCAAUACGCGCAAGGCGGUUCGACGAGAAGGAACUGGAUAACCUUCGAAAUGAGGCCAGGGACGAGCGCAAGCGGAUUUCCAUUCGCAAACCUUCGGAUCCAGUUAGCGUUUUCGAAAUAGACUAGGUCGAAGGAUUGGAUGGCCAAUUGCUCUAAGCCACUAGCAAUAGUAGCCAUGCAUGUAUAGAUGCAGCCGAUCAUUGUACGUAGUAUUCGUAAGUAGGUAAUGAAUACGGUGCCUGUCCACUCGAUAUAACAGGCGACGCAUAAGUACUAGGAGGUGUUGGCAGGUGUGAUUGUCAAAAGCCCGCCGUGUGCAGAAUAAAACUGAUACAAAAAAGUAUUUAGUUCUGUUGAAGCCCAAAUAU